AUAUGGAUUAUGGUCGGCGAGACAUUUCCAACGCGAAACGUUGUGACAGCGAGCAACUCGGUGUGGAACUUCCUGAUCGCGUUCUUCACGCCAUUUAUCGUGGACUCGAUCUCAUACCGAUACCAUUUCGUCUUCUCAGCAUGCAAUCUCGUGGGCGCGGUGAUCGUCUAUCUGUUUCUACACGAGUCGUCUGAUUUGUCACUCGAGAAUAUGUACGGCGACCCGUCCUGCAAACCGUGGACGUCUCACAAUUGGACGUCGCCGGACUUCAGCUCACGUAAGGACCUCAUCGAGCAGAUGCCUGCAGCGGAAUUGCGUAAGCCACUCGCAGAGGCCCACGACGAGCGUAUCACGUAA